UACGUGAAAAUGCCACUGUUUGCUUUUCUUUGUAGUGGCUACCUAGAAGUUUAAUAAGAAUGGAGUUUAAGCUAGAUGUACUCAUCUCUACAGCUAUAAAGCAAAGAAAGCCAUGGCCCCGCAUCUCAUGGAUUGGACAGGAAAAAGAGGCUGUUUUUCUUCUAGAUGAUAAACGUAUAAAUGAAAUUAACCUGGCAUCGGGGAAGACAAAGAAGAAAAUCCCUCACUUGCAGUCAUUGCUGAAAAAUGUAGUUGUUUUAACAACAUCAAGAAAUGGUGCUUGGUUGGCAGGAAUACUUUCAAGAGGAGAUCUGUUUCUUUGGAAUAAAGAUCAGGACUGCUUGAAAAUUGUGCCAGCAGUUGAAGAGUCUAGGAAAGUAGUUUCAUCAGCACAAGAGUGUUUAAUGAGAUUGUACUUGUAUGUGUCCGGAGAUGGCAGAAAAGCACUGUUAACUACUCCUACAGCAUGUGCUUUUUUAUGGGAAAGCACAGAACAUGAAAAUACAUCCUCUUGUAAAAAUUCUUCUCCUGGGCGCUGGACACAGAUUUUGCCUGAUGAAUCAGUCAUGUUGCCUUCUGCUGAAGAAAAAGAAAUUGGAGUGCAUGCUGCUUUCAUACAAAAUGAGAUUCUUGGUGAUUGCUGUUUGUGCUCAUUUGUAUUCUACUCUGGAGAACAUCUGGUACUCACAUUUUUAAUUAUUCGAUGGCAUGAAAAUAGCUUUAAAUAUGUUAGUUCUUUGCCAUACCAGGUACACUGGGUACAACAGGCAUGUUCGCUUCUUAAUAUGGUUCCUCAGUGUGUGUCUGUAAAGUCAAGAGGAGCUUUGCUGUGUGCGUUUGCAAGAGAUGGACUUCUACUUGCAGUAGCUGUUAAUCAAACUGAUCCAAAGGCAACUCAGAUUUUGUUUUUAAACACGUUGAAUUUUGUAACUGUUUCGGGUAGCCUUAAAGGUUGUAGUAGCAAGAACAGCACAGUUCCAGCCAAGUUCAUCAGGUCUUACUGGGUUGGCGAUAUGAGUUGGACUCCUGAUAGCCUUUUCUUGGCUUGCAUGUUAAAACGUGGAUCUUUGAUUUUAUUGACAUGCAUGGGUGAAUUGCUGACCUUGAUUACUUCUGGCUGCUCUUUAGAGUUCGGACCAGCAGAGUUUAUUUCAUUUCAUCCACUAAUAACAUACAGACAGCAACACUCUUUUUAUCAAGACUCUAGCCAGUCUGUUGGUUCUUCAGCUUCUGAAAAUGACUUUAUCAGACAGAGAUUUUCGGUUUCUUCACAUUCAAGAUUACCCUACCUCAUUGUCUCUGAUGGAUACAUGAUAACAGUGGUUAGAUUUCCUAACAACCUUUCACCAUCAGGAUUCAUAAGAACUCUUUUGCUUGAUUCAACCCAACGGCUUGAAAAUAUCAGUUCAAAUUUGCUGAACUCCAAGGUAGGGUCAUGAAUUAUUUUGAGGAUUUUAUGCA